AUGUUACCAUCCAAAAUGCGCGCAAUGGCAGCUCGUAUAACGAGCUAUCCUCGGUACACUGGUGCGGCUUACGCUUCUGCACCUGUCGCGACCCGCAAAGCUCUCGCGAACAUCCGGGCCCCGGACCAGUCGCGAGCUCCCCCACACCCGCCGCGUCCACCUGUCCCUCCACCUCCGAGCGGUUUUACGCGUACACUGCAUGCAGCCCCAGCGGCAUACCCUAGGGAGUUUGCCGAAUCAACAGGAUCGUUGGAACGCUCCUCGCAUCCGUUCCGCUCGUCUGCGCCGCCUGCUACGGAGAGCAAGGAGGAGCGAAACGCCCGGAUCGCUUCUGAAAAGGACGUCUGCGUGGGCCGGCGCCUGGGGGCCAACCCAAGGCAGUCCGCAAGCUCGUCAGAGCCCGCACAGUGGGUGGUGGCCGAGCGCUGGAGGAGAGAUGUCCCCAGCGGAGAUGGCGUCACCCUCGUCCUCACGCAUGCUUGUGGACUGGACAAGUCGCACUGGGACCCUGUCGUUCGCUCGCUGCUUGCACGAGACCCAAAGGCUCCAGGAGGACAGUAUGGAUCUGGAGAUGCACUUUCAAAACCGACCAACGUCGUGAUCAACGACGUGUGGCUCCUUGAUGAUGUCCAGCACGGGGCAUCCGUCGACGUAAAUGCUGGUCGCCUGGGCACGUCGUAUUCGUGGAUCGAUAUUGGUCGCGAUAUUAUCAACUUGGUCGAAAACGUUCUGCCAAGUGUCAAAGACGACCCUCAAGCGCCAUGGCAGUUGCAAUGGGAAGAAGCAGGAAAGGGCACGCCUCCCAUGGUCAUUCUCGUUGGCCACUCGUACGGCGGCUCUGGCGUCGUCCACGCAGCACACGCACGACCGGACCUAUUCCACUCCGUCUUCCUCGCCGAGCCGAUGGUCACUCCAUCUCUUGUCAAUGACCCUAAGAAGGGGUACCCCCUGACGAUGGGUGCGCUGAAGCGUCGGUCCGAAUGGCCGUCGCGCGAAGCGGCGAGUGCGGCCAACCGCUCUAAUCCCAUGUUUAAAACUUGGAAUGAGGACACGUUCAAGCUUUGGCUUGAUCACAGUCUUGUGCCCGUCGACCCUGCAAAGCCCGAUGGUGCCGUGACACUGGCCACCCCCACUUGGGCUGAGGCAUCGACCUUCUCUGAGCCAUAUGGGCCCCCCGCAGGAUGGUCCAAGCUUCCUGAACUGCAGAUACCGACCGGAUUCUUCAUGGCAGGCGACCCCGCAUGGAUGGGGGGAGAAACGGUUGCCAACGAAAUGGUCUGGAGACCUCCACGCGCCCGCAACGAGCGGCUCAUGGACUCGAGCCAUUUGAUGGUGCAAGAGAAGCCCACUGAGACCGCCGAUGCCAUCUGGAGGUUCCUCACGACUUUGGACGCAGGCGAGUGGGACCAGCCCCGAAGGGAUUAG